UUGGGUUUGGGGGGUCAGAUUUGUCACGCCAUGGCCGAUUUCCAGUCAGCCUGGGGGCAGGACGAAAUCUCAGAGUGGUUCCCUGGCCAAGCUAGAAGCAGAGAAUAGCUCUGGAUACAGCACCUCGUGUAUCUAUCCAGCACUUACUUGGCUCUUUCUGAGUGCCAGGCAUGGUGCCAAGCCCUAGCAGCAUGAAGAAUGGCCUUGGGGAGCUCCUGGGGCUAAGAGGGACAGUAGGAGGAGCAAUUGCAGUGCAGGGUAGUGCGGAAGACUCGAGAUGGAGAAGAGGACGGUUAGGAAGCCAGGAAGGCUUCAGAGAGUAGCAGGUAAACAAAGGCAGCUAAAGCUGACUGCUGGUUGUGCAAAAUCCCCCUGGCUCUUCUGACUGAAGUCCUACCACUCCCUGUACCUGGCAGCAGCCUGUCUUCUGGGCCUCACCUACACACGUCCGGGAAGGAGCCAGUCAUCUCCAUCCAUCCACAGCCAUGAAUUUCCUCCGGCGACGUCUCUCUGACAGCAGCUUCGUGGCCAAUCUGCCUAAUGGCUAUAUGACGGACCUGCAACGCCCAGAUAGUUCCACCAGCUCACCUGCUUCCCCAGCCAUGGAGAGGAGGCACCCCCAGCCCCUGGCUGCCUCCUUCUCCUCUCCAGGAUCCAGCCUUUUUAGCUCCCUCUCCAGUGCCAUGAAGCAGGCCCCUCAGGCCACCUCAGGACUGAUGGAGCCUCCAGGUCCCUCCACGCCCAUUGUUCAAAGACCCAGGAUCCUGUUGGUGAUCGAUGAUGCCCAUACAGACUGGUCAAAGUAUUUCCAUGGGAAGAAGGUGAAUGGAGAGAUUGAGAUCCGAGUGGAGCAGGCUGAAUUCUCGGAGUUGAACCUAGCAGCCUAUGUUACCGGAGGCUGCAUGGUGGACAUGCAGGUCGUGAGAAAUGGGGCCAAAGUGGUGAGCAGAUCCUUCAAGCCAGACUUCAUCCUGGUCCGCCAGCACGCCUACAGCAUGGCCCUGGGGGAAGAUUACCGCAGCCUGGUCAUCGGCCUGCAGUAUGGAGGGCUGCCUGCUGUCAACUCUCUCUACUCCAUCUACAACUUCUGCAGCAAGCCCUGGGUGUUCUCUCAACUCAUUAAGAUCUUCCAUUCCCUGGGUCCUGAGAAGUUCCCGCUUGUGGAGCAAACAUUUUUCCCCAACCAUAAGCCAAUGGUCACAGCCCCACACUUCCCGGUGGUGGUCAAGCUGGGACAUGCCCACGCUGGAAUGGGAAAGAUCAAAGUGGAAAACCAGCUUGACUUCCAGGACAUCACCAGCGUGGUCGCCAUGGCCAAAACCUACGCCACCACCGAGGCCUUUAUCGACUCCAAGUACGACAUCCGCGUCCAGAAAAUUGGAUCCAACUACAAGGCUUACAUGAGAACCUCCAUCUCUGGGAACUGGAAAGCCAACACAGGCUCUGCCAUGCUGGAGCAGGUGGCCAUGACAGAGAGGUACAGGCUGUGGGUGGACAGCUGCUCGGAAAUGUUUGGCGGCCUGGACAUCUGUGCCGUCAAGGCCGUCCACAGCAAGGAUGGCAGAGAUUACAUCAUCGAGGUAAUGGACAGCUCAAUGCCGCUCAUUGGAGAGCAUGUGGAAGAGGACAAACAGCUGAUGGCCGACCUUGUUGUCUCCAAAAUGAGCCAGCUCCUGAUGCCAGGAGGCACAGCGCCCUCGCCCCUGAGACCUUGGGCUCCACAGAUUAAAUCAGCAAAAUCCCCAGGGCAGGCCCAGCUCGGGCCUCAGCUAGGACAGCCCCAGCCACGUCCACCUCCGCAAGGAGGCCCUCGCCAAGCUCAGUCUCCUCAGCCCCAGAGAUCUGGAAGCCCCUCCCAGCAGAGGCUCUCCCCACAAGGCCAGCAGCCCCUGAGCCCCCAGUCCGGAUCUCCACAGCAGCAAAGGUCACCAGGCUCUCCACAGCUAUCCCGGGCAUCCAGUGGCAGCUCCCCAAACCAGGCCUCCAAGCCAGGUGCCACCCUCACCUCACAGCCCCGGCCCCCUGUGCAGGGCCGUAGCACCUCCCAGCAGAGUGAAGAGUCCAAGAAGCCAGCACCACCCCAUCCGCAUCUCAACAAAUCUCAGUCCCUGACUAACAGCCUCAGCACAUCCGACACCUCCCAGCGUGGGACCCCAAGUGAAGACGAGGCCAAGGCCGAAACCAUCCGCAACCUGAGGAAGUCUUUUGCCAGCCUGUUCUCUGACUAACACCAUCCAGGCUGGGAGGGGAAGAGUGCUCUGCUACACUCGUCCCCCUCCUGCCUCAUCUUCCUUCUCAGCCUUGGUUCCUGAUGAGAACAGAAUGGAGGGCCUGAGAACAUACUUUCUAAAUGCCUUUGACCCAGG